GUGGUCAGAGAUGGAUCUAUACUAGUUCGUUUGUAAAGGUUAGACGAAAGGUUCUACAUAAAAAAUUACUAGAUCCUGUGCAUCGUUUUGUCAUGUAGUUUGUUCUUUUUUUUUUUUUUUCGUUAUUCCUUCACCCUUUUGUAAUGACCAUGUGACCAUGUUAGCUGUGGACACACCGCCACUCCCUACCAGCUGGGACAGGGACGUGGUGGCCGCCUUCAUCGAUCAGGUCGACCUGACCAAGUACAAGUCCGUGGAGCAACUGCGGGAGCUUCGUCAGUAUUUCUAUAUCGGCUUCAAGAAACUGGUCCAGGAAGGUUGGGCCUCCCUGGAGGCACUCGACAAGGAGAAGCGCGAAAAGGAAAUGAAGCGAAUCCGCCAGACGGCGGCUAUUAUGGAUGGAUUUAUUCUAGAGAUCGAUCAGAUGGUCGCCAAUCUGCAGGAUCGGGAGGAGCCGGAUGAUGAAACAGCCUUGGUGCAGUGGCAGAGGGGAGUCAAUGAGAUGUAUGGGAACUUGGACGAGGAACUGUUCACAGUUCCUAGAACCCCGCCAACGAGGCGGCGAUUCAACAGGCGAAGGGCCAACGAGGAGGGAGAUCUCACAGCCACAGCCUCUGAAGCGAAUGCCAGAAAUCAAAGGAGGAGAGUAGAACGUUCUACACUGCAACCAUUCAUCAGAGAAGUGAAAGAGUUGUACAUGAAUGCCAGGAACAGGUCCCUGGAUAGCCCAGGAUCAGCCAAUGACAGUUUAGUCCCCGAGACACCUCCAUCGGACGAGUCCCAACAGAGAACCUAUGGAGCCUCCAGGAUUCAGAGAGCUCUGGACGAAGACUUCAUGAGUCUGCGCGACUGUCGCCCGCUGAGGUUUCCUGCCAACCUGCAAGUCUCUCGCGAAAGUACUCCCUGGCCAGACGAAAUUCCGCAGUCGUGGCUACUUUAUCCAAAGCCCCAGGGCUACGGGAUUCGCAAACACAUAAAGAUAGCCACAGCUGUCAGAAGAGGAGCACCACCAUCACCACCACCGAUCCCGGUGGAUCAGAAUCAGGAGAGCAGUUCGGUUCACAUGCCACGACAGCUGCCAUCGCAGAAUCAAGAGUUCCUCGAAGGUGUCUCAACCAAUCAGCUAGACUCCUUCCGGGACGAGGACCUGGUCCUGUCCUCUAGUCGGAUUCUCAGUCACAGCGCCAUGCGUGCCUCUUCCACGCCCCUCCGACGCGUCAACGAACACAAUAGACCGUCCUUUAUCCCGAGCACCAUCGACAACACCGACCCCCAGUUUUCGCUGCCAGAUGGGUUGUUGGCCACUCCGGCUGCCGCCCCACCGCUUCCCGCCGAGUUUCCAUCGGGAUCUGAAGUGGAGGCCAGCACUUUGGUCUUUCCAGCGGACAUCGAAGAGACUGCGAUGGUGGAUCCUCCUCACUCCUCCCUGACUCGUUCUCGGGUUGGAGCUACUCCGCAAUCCGUGUUGUCUUUCCAGCCCUUGCUCCCGGCGAUCCAUGAGGAGGGAUUUUCAGAUUCCAUAAGGGAGCUAAGAUCAACAGCCGCUGCCUCAGUGCCGCCUCCUCGAGUGUCAUCUCGCAGCCCACUCCCUCGGGACUGGGCUAGUAUAUUUCGGCCAAGGGAGGAGGUCAUGACCUACGAAGAAGGGGGAACAGCUCCGGCCAACCAAGGGCAACGAAGGCGCCGAAAUCGUAGGGUCCGAGGGCGCCGACCACCUCCGGGACCGACAACGCCAGAUCUUCGAGUGUCGCCGGAACUGCCGGGAAGCAAUCCGAAUGUGACAACCAAUUUCUUGGCCGAUUUGCUGGAACAAGCAUCCCAAAUAGUGAAGGCGGUGUCUCCGGAAGACCCACCAACUCAAGCAGAGCCGGAAGCUGUUCGGAAGUCUGCACAUGAACCUCAUCAGAAGGAGAAAUCUGUCAACGAAGCUUCAUCUUUGUUUCCUGCUGCUCCGCCAGCGGAAAUUUUAAACUCCACUGCCUUGAAUAUAGAUGGGGUUCUCCCAGCCCCUCAAGACUCUCCAGGUCUCAAUUUUACUCCGGAAAUAUUAACCACCGUGAACAUCUCGAAUAUAUCUGAACGCUCUCUCGAUCCUCCGACCCUGCCCGACAUGGCGAUCGAAAACCCAUCCCUGAAUGAGGUUCCAAGUGUGACAACAACUACAAGCCUGAAAGCUGUAGUGACCAGCGUGGAGAUAAUAAACCCACCCAUUAACAUCCAACAGAUUAAUCAGUCAGAUACUGUCUCAGAUAUACCGAGAGGUGUAAACUCUACGGGUAUUCCAUCCUUGACUGAACGGCGCAGGCAGGUGAUGAACGAAUCCAUCGAGUGCUACGACUAUGUCGUCAAGAACAUUGAUUUCUUCGCGAUGAUUAUUCGCCAGAAGAAGGAGCUGUGCGAUCAGAGCCAGAGUAACUUGUUGACAGGUCCCAGUGGCAAGGAUCUGAAGAGGUACAUCUCCACGCCCUCCUCCAAGUUCUACAACUCCCAGAUCAUUUUCAAUGUCCCGGCCAAGAGGUCGCAACUAGUAGCCGGGGUACUAACCGGACUUGUAACGCUGCACUCGGUGGAUAUCCAAAAGGCUCCAUUUAUUAAAAGCCGAAUGGAUGCGGCAAUAACCUUUCGAUAUCUCCUCGACCUCAAGGCCAAGAAUGUCAUUAAUCUAAGCGGCGAUGGUCGUAUCUUCUCACUUCGUUAAUAUAUAUUUAUAAUCAAAAUUUCAUUUUUAAACCUAAGAACUUCAAUUAAAAGAUUAUUCUACAAUUAUUGUCUAGAUUUUAAGUUGUAAUUAUUAAAAAUUUCAUUUUUAAACCUAAGAACUUCAAUUAAAAGAUUAUUCUACAAUUAUUGUCUAGAUUUUAAGUUGUAAUUAUUAAAGCUUAUUUUUAUAGUCUUCUGUUUAAUGUUUGUGUAAGUUUUUCCUCAACUAUUUGUUUAAUAUUUUACUUAAAUACAU